GCCGACAGAGCUCGUCUGCCCACACAACAUGGCUGCCGUUCUUCUGUUUGGUGCCGCAGUUUUCUCCGUCCUGCUGUCCUCGGCGUCUGCAGUGUCUUGCACUGUGUUGCAGAAUCUCUACUCAACGCAAUGUUUAGCCCACGGUGACGUCAUGGAGUGCAAUGGCGUCACGCUACCAGCGCUGCCAUCGUUUGACGAUUGUACAGUCGUCGUCUCGGACAUUUCGUUUGCGAAUAGCUCUAUAGACGUAUUCCAAGACAACAGCCUUCCCUUUGGACUGCGCUACCUUGAAAUCAAAAGCUCAAAGGUCAAGACCAUCUCCAGCGGCGCCUUCAACCACUGCUACUUAACCUUAACCCAUAUCGACAUCGAGAGGACGGACAUAACCGAAAUCCCUGACGCACUGGGCAAACUGACCCACAUAGAGGAACUGGUCUUGCGUCACGUGGACAUCAAGAACUGGAACGAACCGGUUCUACAGACAAUCGGAAUGUCCGUCAAACGCCUUGACCUGACCAACAACUCCGUCGUUGCCUGGCCGAGCUGGAUCCAAAACUUCAAAGACCUAACCGACCUCCACUUCAAUCAAGAAGGCGUGGGUUCCAUCCCCACCGGCGCCCUCUCCCACCUGACAAACACACUCAAACAGUUGUACGUGGACGCCAACCUCAGCGCCAUCCCACCAGACUGGACAGCUCUCUCGGCCCUGAAGAGACUCACCCUCGCCAACAACAAACUCACCAACGGCAAAAACAUCCCCGUUCAGCUCGAAUUCCUAAGCCUGGCUAAGAACGUCAUCACAGAACUCAACAUCGACUCCUUCCCGGCGAACUCAGUACUCACGGAACUUGAACUCGACUACAACCCCAUCACCAAGGUCACCACCGACGCCUUCGACAACCUAAAACAUCUGCGUGUGCUAUCCAUGGGCAACACACUCUUGACGCGAGUACCCACCGCUCUGGCAGUACUCACCCAUAUGACCCAGAUUGACAUGCGAGACAACGCGGCCCUGGUCUGCACGUGCGAGGAAAAAAGUCUGGUCAACUUUUUCAUGCAGGAUCCAACCAUGUCUAUAGGUGGAUCGUGUGGUGAAGUCACCAUUAAAAUCUUUUUUACUUUCGUAGCUCAAGCCUGUCCAUAAAAAUAUAUACUCAUUAAAAAUGCAUUUUACUAUUUA